AUGUAAGACUAGAUAACUAAAAAAUUGAAAGAUUCCCUUAACAAAUCUUCAGAGAGUUACAAUCAUCUUUCAAAUUAAUCUCAAGGAGGAAUUAAUAAUUAAUCACUUAAUUUCAACAAUAACAACAUGAAUUAGAAUAAUCCAAAUGCAGAUUUAACUAGCUAAUAAACCCAAAGUGGGAAUUACAUGAGCAAUAAGUUGAAAAAAAUAAGCUAAGGUGCAAAUAUAAAUGAUAAUAGCAAGUAUGAGGCAGAAAAAUAAUUUAGUGGAGCUGAUUAAGAUUCUUUGGUAUUUCAAUUUUUAACGAAUAAAUUAACAUAAAAUUUGAAAGACCAAUAUGCAUAAAAUGGCAACACAGAUACAUCUGAAUCUAGCGAUAUUGUAACUAGAUUGAAAGAAUUUAGAGAUGCUUAACGAAGUGCAACUCAAGCAGACUAAUCUGACACUCUUGAAUAAAAAUACAAUUAAUGCCAGAGAUUGGAUACUGAAUUAAAUGACAAAGAUGCUUAGGAUUUUGAUGAAGAAGUUGACACAGAUUUGAUUCUUCAGUAGGAAUUUGAGGCAUUAAUUUAAUAUGAAAGAAAUAAAUAAGAAUUAAGGAUUAGUUAGUAGCAAUAAGAGCAAGAUUCUUCUAUCAACAUAAAUGAUUAGCAGCAAGCAUUGCAGUUAUAGGAAUAGCAACAAUAUUUAAUAUAGUAAUAGUACUUGGCAUCUUUAUAGCCUGGCGAUUUUCGCAUCGAAAUUGAAAAUAGAUUUUUAAAAAGCGAUUGUAACCGAAAUUUUUAAUUUCCUAGAAACAAUUUAAGGCACAAAAUAAUUAAAUAUGAUUAAGAUACAGAUGGAUAAAGUUCAGAUAAUUCUUCUUUACUUUCCGUUGAUGGAAUCACAGUUUACAAUUUGCAUGCUUAAAAUAUGAAAAAUUAUUAAAGAGAAUAUAUGCAAAUGUAAGAGUAAAUGAAUGAUCAAAUGGAAAAAUUUAAAGCACAAGAGCAAUUACGUCUUGAGAAAGAGGAAGAAGAAAUAAUUGAAAAGGAAAGAUUACAGCAUCAGCUACGUUAAUAAAAAAUGGUUUAGCAGCAAGUUUAUAUAUAGCAUUCGUAUGAAAAGCAAAAUUAGGAAAGGAAAAAUGAAUAAAUCUAGCAAUUACGCCAGCAAUUCUAAUAACAGCAGAAUACUCUUUUACAGAUGAAGUAACCUGGUAAUCAUAAUAUUAAUAUGUCAUCUUAAGUUGUUAAAACGGAGGCAUAUGAUUCAGACAGUGUUGGUAGGAGUACUUUGACAUAAAAUGCACAAAACUAAAAGCAGUCUUAAAAAGUAAAAGAAAUGAUUGAGCAAUCUAAAAUUUAAAAUAAUUUGAAAAAUAAGUUAGAAGAAAGUAUAAAUAAUAUAGCAAAUUAAAACAAUAACAACAUCUCAGGCUCAAAUAAAAAAGCAUAAUUGCAAUAAAAAUAACAAUAAUUGCUAUACCAAGGCAUGAAAGAUAGUUUCUCAGCAGAAAAAUAAAACAGUUAAAAGCAGCAAUAGCUUUAAAAGUUUAAGAAUAUCUUAUUGAACAAGCAGCAAAAUAUUUAAAAUACAAAUAAAAUUCAGAUGAAUGGAAAUGGUCGCAGAAUGAAAACAGAGGGAAACGAUAUUGAUUACGAUUAACAAAAUUUAAAUAACCACAAUCAUCAUCUUCAUACUCAACACAAUUAUUAACACGAAGAUGGAGAGGAAGACGAAACAAUAGAGAAUUUUGAAUUAGCUCUCUAAGACGACUCAGACAAUGACUCAGGUGAAGUGGCCAGAUUAGAUGAUAUUAAAAUUUAAUCUUAUAAAUAAACAGCCUCUCCACCUAAAAAUAACAACAAAUCGUAUAAUCACCAGACAUCCAAAUCAUAAAAUACUAACUAAGAGAAUUCUAACUCCAAAAACUAUAAGAAUAUCAUGGAAAUUUUAGAAAAGAACUCUAAAAACUCUCACAGCAGACAAUCGACAUCAAUCAGUAACAGCAAUCAGAUUACAAAUUCUAUGACUAACAAUAAUUAGAAGAAGAAUCCUAGUUAGCAUUCUACUCACUAGACUCUCCAGAUCUAAAUAUAAUAAGCUGCCGCCGCUGCUGCAGCUGCAACCAUAAAUUGUAACUCUGUUACUAAAAAUUUAACUUACAAAUCUCGUCCUACCACAAGUUAAUCAAAUUACUAUAAAAAUCUAUACUCGUCUUAAAAUUGUUCUGUAAAUCAGCCUAAUCAAUAAUCCUCAAACAGAAACACACUACAACCAUAAGAUAACAACAAUAUUUCUAAAGUUAGAUAAUCUAGCAAAACCUCCCAUACAAACUACGAUGGUAAUUCUACUGUUCAAAUAGGAAAUCAUGCUAAAAAGCCAAGUGGGAAUUAUCUCAACUAAAGUAUAGAAAACUUUUCUAGUAAAUAGCCUAGCAUCAAUUAAACUUUAUAAAAUCAAAUUAAUCCUACUUAAGAGCAUAAUAGCAGAAAAAGAUCGAAUUCAAAUAAAAACAAUACAAGUAUUUCAGUAACUUCUUCAAUUCCAAAUUACAAUAAACUUGCCUUGAGCAACAAUACUCAGAAGCAAAACAUUGCAAAUUCAAUGAACUAUUCAAAGAAUUUAGAAAGUUUCAAGAUUGACAAUGGGAAAAAUUCUACACUAAAGCAAAGAGAUGAAAAAGCACCAUCAAAGGCUCCAACAGGUUAACAAAACAUAAUGAAUUUACUCAGUAAAGGACCAUAUUUAAAUAAUAAUAAUAAUACCAACAAUUCUUUUUAGGUUGCCAAAAAUAUAUCAAUGAAUUAAAGUAUUUCAAACAAAGUCAAUAGCUAAAGUUAUUAAAAUGCUGCUAAAUUAAAAGGAAGAAAUGCUAAUAGUUUCCACUAAAAUGCGUAAUCAAGCAAUAUCUCCUCCAUCCAAACUUCACAAACAACUAACCUUAACAACAAGAGCACAAUAGUUUCUAACUACAGCAUAAACUCAAACAGUAAAAAAAAGUUGUUAUCCAGCUCAAGUAGUUCAAACUUGAUUAAUGUCCCUUCAAGUAUUAACAGCUAAAUCAAAAAUGAUCCAAAGGUGAAACAGUCUCUUCAAAAUAAUCAAAUUUCUUCAAUUAUAAAUGCAAACAUAAAUAUCAACAAUUUAAAUCCAACCAACUAUUCCAAGGUUAGAGUUUCUACAAAUUCUAACGUGAGAGAUUCAAUAUAAAGUUAAAAGGGAAAUGCCCUUAAUUCAAGGGUUUAGACAGAACCCUCAAACAAUGAUGAUGAUUUCGAUAUUCAUUAUUUAAAUAACCGUCUGAAUACUCUUUAAAAAAUCCCAUCAAAAUAAAGUCUGCUAAAUAAUAAAUCAAGUUCAAGAAGGAAAGACAAUAGCAGUUCAAAGUCAAAUUUAAGAGAUUAUUAAUUUAUAUAAUAGUAAAAUUAGAACUAUAUUCAUCAAAAGCAACAAUAAAUUGGCUAAAAUUAAGCUCUCUAAAAUUUAAUGAUUAAUAAUUCCUAUAAUUUAUAAUAAAAAACUGAAGAUAACGGAUUAAAUUAAGGUUAGUAAAUCCCUUAUAGCCAAGUCAAGUAUGCAGACAAUUUGGUUAAGCCUUUAAUGAACUAAUAAAAUAUAAUCCAUUCUAAUUUAAGAAGUACAAAUGAAUAAAGUACUAGCGAUCUAAACGAUUAAAAUAGGCUUAGUGGAUAAAGCUUUGACUAAAUCUAAAAAAUUAGAGAUUACCUAAAAUAAAAGUAAAGUAAGUACCCCACAAAAUAAUAAAAUUAAGUUGUAAAUAACACAUCAUAAUAUCCUAACAAUGGAAUUAAUAAUUAAGCAGUCUAAUAUUCUUAUCAACAAUAACAAUAAGCUCUUUAAAAAGAGCUUUAGAGUAAUAUUAAUUAAUAAUAGGUAGCCUAUAUAAAUAAUUUAAGCCAGCAACAACCAUAAUAACACCACUUGUAUUAAAAUUUUAACUAAAAAAGUGAAAACCAGUAAUUUAAUUAACACAAUUCUUAAUUUAACAGCAAUUCUAUAGGGUAAAAUAACAAUCAAAGCUACUUUUAAAAAUAAAUAAGAUGA